AUGACAACUGAUGAUUUUUAUACAAAUGUAAACAACAAUAAACAACUUUUAAAUGAAUUUGAUUUUUCAGAUUAUCCAGAGAAUAAUAAAUAUGGAAUACCACGAAUAAAUAAAAAAGUUCCAGGUAAAUUUAAAGAUGAACUUAAUGGUCAAAUAAUGACAGAGUUUGUUGGGUUAAGAUCUAAAUUAUAUACAUAUAAAAUAUUUGAAAAUAAAAAUGUAAUUAAAAAGGUAAAAGGUGUGAAAAAAUCUAUAGUUAAAAAUAAAUUAUGUUUUAAUGAUUUUUAUAAUUGUUUAAACAAUAAAAAUCCAAAAUAUGUAAAACAGAACACUUUUAGAACAGAUAAACAUGAAAUUUAUACUGUUGAACCAAAUAAAAAAGCCCUUAGUGCAUAUGAUGAUAAAAGAUAUAUUCUAGAAAACGGUAUUGAUACUGUAGCUUGGGGACAUUAUUCAACUAAAAUAAAAAGAGAAAAUUUCAGAGAAUACCUUGAUAAUUUAAUAAAAACAAAUAAUAAAAUAUAA